CAGUAUAUAUAAGUUAUUAAAAAUUUCUCAAUCUCACGCGAAUUGAAUUUUCCGCCUCUUUACGCUAACCUGCUAGGGAGAAUAAUUAGGUGAAAAUUCCCUGGGGGAAUUUGAUUAGAUUUCGAAUUUUUGACUCUUUUGGCGCGCGCAUGCGGCUAGAAGAAAAGUAAAAGGUUAUGAGACUAUAUGUUUUUAUUUACAUCGACGGAUGGUGCUUGAUAUCUUUUCGUUGUAAAAUUGAAAAAUUUAUAUCGCCUGUCUUUUGUUAAUUUGAUUUGGGUUUGUGGAAAUAAUGCGUUUUUAUUACACGAGCACAUGGCGAAAUAAUUGAAUGUUAUGUUUUAUAUGUAUAUAAAUCAGCUUAAUAUAUUUCUUUAUACUUAUUGAAACACGUCAAAGAUAUAAAAUUUUUUAUAUUUAUCGAAGCUUGCCAGGAAAAUACAAUGGAUAAAAUCUGUACUCCUGAAGAAAUCGAGAAAAAGCGAAAAUUAGCGUUACAAAAGAGGCAGCAGGCUCAAUUGAGGGUACGAAGUACACUCACAUGUAGUCCAGUUAACAAUCAACAAUUAAAGGCAAACAAAAAUGUCGCACGACCAAACAAAUCGAACAAUCGAUUCAACCCUAUAGAACCCAAAAAUUUUUGCAAUUCAACUCAAUUCCACUCUGUAACGGGGAAUUGUUACAUGGUCAGCAGUGACAGAUUUACUUUAGAAACAUCGUUAUUUGUACCUGCGAUUAUUGAUACGUUUAAAACAAUUUCAAGCAGAAUAUAUGAUCCAAAAUCUAGAACAUGGAAUUUCCACCUCAACGAUUAUGACAGUUUAUUACAGACACUGUCCAAGUCUAAUCAAUAUACGAUACAUGUGUCAAGAAUACCAGAGGCUGUCCUUCGGAUAUUCAAGAAAAACUUAAAGUCAGACAAUCAAAUAUUAGAUCAAGAUUUAUCGAGAAUCGACACAACGUUGACAGAUGCUUUAAUGCCGUUUCAACAAGAGGGCGUUUGCUAUGGUAUAUCAAAACACGGCCGUUGUUUGAUCGCAGACGAUAUGGGUUUGGGAAAAACUAUACAAGCGUUAGGCAUAGCACAUUAUUUCAAGGACAGUUGGCCACUUCUAAUUGUAGCUCCUUCAUCAGUCAAGUACCAUUGGUCCGCGGCAAUCUAUCAGUAUUUACCGUCCGUGCCUACACAUUACGUUCAUCAUUUUGCAAACGCAAAAGAUUGCAUUGAAGAUGAAAAAAUUACUAUAACAUCAUAUGAUUUGUUAGUACGAGCCGUAGCUACCUUUGAGAGACAUAUUUAUGGAUUUGUUAUUCUGGAUGAAUCUCAUUGCGUGAAGAGCACUAAGACAAAUAGAUUUCAAGCUGCUCAGCGGAUAUGUGCCCAGGCACGUCAUACUUUAUUGCUCUCAGGCACUCCGGCUCUGUCGAAACCAAUCGAAUUGUACUCGCAGAUUAAUCUUAUUAUUCCACGUUUCAUGAGUUAUGAAGACUACGGUAUGCGUUAUUGUGCAGGGAAGAUGUCUCAGUUUGGUUGGGAGUUCUCAGGAUCCUCAAAUAUGCAAGAGUUACAAGCAUUGUUGAAGACCACCUGCGUGAUUCGAAGGCUGAAAGCUGACGUUUUGCAUGAAUUGACAUCUAAGAAACGGGAGGUGAUUAUUUUAGACCCAGCUUUGAUCAAAUCUGGCACCAAGCAAAUGGGGGAGAUGGCGAAGCUAUUGCAGAGAAAUAUCUCGGGCACGGAAAGACAUAAUGCUAUAGUGCAAUAUUAUAACGAGUCUAGUUACGCCAGACUGAAGGCAGUACGCAAUUACGUUUCGGACUUAUUUAAAAGUAAAAAGAAAUGCCUUUUGUACGCUCAUCAUCAAGUUGUUAUGGAUGCUAUUUGCGACCUUGCCGACUCUAUGAACAUAGGGUACAUAAGAAUCGACGGGAAAACCAGUUCGGAACAGAGGAAACUUCAGGUCGACAGGUUCCAAGAAGAAGAUCACUGUUUGGCGGCGAUUCUGUCGAUUACCGCUGCGAACUCGGGCAUUACGUUAACGGCCGCCCAUCUCGUGGUCUUCACCGAAUUGUUCUGGAACCCUGGUAUCCUGUGCCAGGCGGAAGACAGAGCGCAUAGAAUCGGACAAAGCAACAGUGUCACAAUCUAUUACUUGGUCGCGAAGGACACUGCGGAUGAUUAUAUGUGGCCGUUGAUCGCGAAAAAAUUAAAUGUUCUAAACGAUGUCGGUCUCAAGCAGGAUCUGUCGAUCAGUAACGUCUGCGUCACGGUGCAGAGUAAAAGCAAGCGAGACUUGACUUCCUAUCUGAAUACUUCCUCGUCAUCGUCGCAGUCGCACGAUAUGGAAUGUUCUCCAGCUGACAGUGAGGAACAAGACGCAGCUCCGGAAGCGGCCUCCUCUACCUCAAGCGAUGUUAAAGCGUUACUGGAAGCCGACGAGGAAUACUUUGGCUCCUGCGAUUGGGAUGACAUUAUGUGAUUAUUACUCAAUAAUUUAUUUAUUAGAAGAAAAAAUAUUUUUGUACGAAGGGGAAGAAUAAUUCAGUAUUUUUCCUUGCCAUGUUCGAAGACAAAUAUUUUUCGUAUGAAAGUAUAAUAAAAAGUUCCAUGCCUUUCGUCUCGGA